GGUCCGUGUCAGUCAUUUGACUUAUGCAAUCGGCAAAUAGGAGAUGAAAGGCCGGGUCUGAGGUUGUUUUUACAGAGAAGGGAUAGAGAGGAGACAGCACUGAUAUGGGUGAGGCUCAGUCGAGGUCAGUGAUGCUUCACCAUCAGGACCAACCUCUGAACUCGGCGUACGGAGGGCAGGGAGGCACAAAUGAUAGUUCUUCCUCUUCGUUUCGAAACAGGAAGUGCGACAAAGAUGGCAACUUCAACUUCCUGCCCGGAAAGGAUGACGAGGGACUCACAGGCAACGGAGGAGGAGAUGAGAACCGAAACCAGGUGCGUCCCCGUAACUUGGGCCCAUUGGGUCGCGACCCUCCAAACUCCUCGCCGUCUUCUGGGUAUCAUCACAACUCAGGGAUUCUAUCGCCGCGAUCCCGCCUGCCCUGCUGGAGCCCCCUGGAGCCCCUGCCUGAAAUCGAGAGCACGGAUGACGGGUAUGGUCGAGUUCCCCCCGAUGGAGCGGAGGAAAGGAGGAUGGAGGAAGAGGAGGGGAGGAUGAUGAUAAGCCAGAAUGAGGACAAGCAGAAAGAAAUAGGGAAGCUGCAGAGGAGGAAAAGCAGCUUGGGAUUCAGAGGAAGCGAGGAAGCGGAGGAAGAGGUGGGGCUGGUGGAGGAUGAUGACGAAUGGGGAGACAGCGACUCGGAGUCUGACUUCAGCUACCGGUCCGGCAGCAGCAUGUCCUCCCUCAACUUGGAGAGUGGGGGAGAAGGGAUGCUGAUGGGGGGUUGGGACCGCAUCGGGGUCGGGGAACCAAAGUCCAACUACCAGGAAACUGACCAGAGCAGAAACAGCAGCAGAGAACCACCUGUAAGACACCGCAGCUUCAGCCGCAAGUCGCUGACAGCAAGCAACCUGGCAGAUCUUCAGGAGGAAGGAACAGAAGAGCAAGAUGACCAUGACCAGUCUUCAGACUCAGACGCUGAGCUGCCAGAGCUGAUGGACGCCGUCUGGACGCUGCGGGACCGCGAGCGCUUCAAGGCCCAGGAGAUGGAGAAGCACCAGGUGCAGCUGACCAUGUAUCGCCGCUUGGCGCUGAUCCGCUGGGUCCGCACGCUGCAGGGACGCAUCCAGGAGCAGCAGAACCGCCUGCAGUCCAGCUUCGACGUCAUCCUCACACACAGGAAGGAACUGCUGCGCAUGGGUGCCGCCGCUGCCGUCACCAACCCCGCCCCCACCGCUGCUGUCGGCCAGUCAUAAACAGAGAGAGAGAGGGAGGGGAGGAACUGACAGGAAGUGGUUAAAAACAGCAUUUUUGCUCUGUUUGCCAUUUCCCCUAAAAAAAAAAAACAAACAAAAAAAAACAGACUAUCUCCCAUCAUCCUGUUUGAUGUGACUCAUUUUGCUGAUUGUAAUGAUGCAAAACCCUUGUGUUUUUGUUGAUUUGCGUUACUGGUUCUCCCACCCAGAGCAUCGAUAAAUGUAUUCAACUCAUCUUCAUUCAGGAGGACCCAAAGCCUGUCCCUUCACCAAACCAAAAUGUCAGACUUAAGAUAUAUUCUGAUCAAAGCAAUGGCAAGAUAAACACUUAAUUGUGAGAUUAAUAAGAUGUUUAUAUCAAAAAUGUUCUACGUGUGUAUGCUGUUACUGUUUGUCUUGACUGAGUAGAAAACACCUGCUGUACCAAAAAAAAAGUAUCAGAGAAUAUCAUAGAUUUAACAGUGAGUUUAGAGAUGAUUUAUACCCUGAGAUGCUGUAUAGAAUUACAAUAAAUUAAGAAAUAAAAUGAC